AUGAAUAAGGUUUAUUCUGUUGAAGAUGCAUUUGAAUGCAUUAACUCAGCAAAAACAAACCCAUUAUUUAAUACAAAAGUUGUAGAAGAAAUAAAGAAAGAAUUAGAAGGUUAUGUUUAUAAGGAUAUUCUUAAAAACCCACCACAACCAUCUUUUGAUGCCAAUUAUCAUAAAUCACUUGAUCUUGAUCAAGAAUUAGCUUCUAUUGAUGUCAAUUCAACAGAAAGCUAUAAUUUUUUCAGAAGUUUAACAUCAGUAGUGUAUAAUGCACAUGAUCUUCAUUUUUCAUUAACUGCACAAUCAGAUUAUGAUGGGAAUAAUUUCUUAGUUGACUCAUUCUAUUUUAUUCUUCCAUUUGACAUUGUUAUUUUAAAUGAUAAAAGUGUCAAAUUUGUAUUGAAAUCUACUAGUUAUAAUGUCACUAUUCCUGAUGCUGUUAAAAAUAAUCAAGACACUCCUGUAAGUAAAAUUAAUGGAAAGAGUGUUCUUGAAUUUAUUAGAGUCUUUGGUGAAGAACAUGGAAGAAUGAAAUCUCUACAUGGUAAUUUUGUUAGAGCUCUCAAUAGUAUUACAUUUAGUUCAUUAAAUUCUAUGACAUUAUCAAAAGAAGAAUUAAGUACUGUAUUAUCUAUUGAAUGGAGUAAUGGAGAAACGUGUGAUGUAUCAUAUCAAAUGUUAUAUAUUCCUUUCUAUUCCUUAAGCAAAAAAGCACAGUCAAUUGUUAAUAGAAAAUUAAAUGGAAAUGAUUAUAGUCCUCUUACACUUGAAGAUAUUGAAGAAAGACAUAUUAAAAGAGAAGAAAAAACACCUUAUGAUCUUCAGUCACGAGAUGGAAUGUACUCAUGUAAGGUAGAUCAUGAUCAAAAGAUGAAUAUUUUCGUUUUGAAGUCAUUUUCUUUUAGUGAUGAAGAUCGUGAAAAUUCGACAAAAACACUUGCAGAAUGUAUUCAUUUGUUUGAUGAGAACGAGUUUCCAAUCAGUGUGAUUUUAGUAAAGAAUGGAGGAGGAUAUGUUGAUUUAGGAAUGGACCUUGCAAAAAUUCUUUCACCAACUAUAAGUUCUACUAUCAUUAGUAGUUUCCGAAUUAGUGAACCAUCUAAACAAGUUUAUGAAGCUGAAUAUUAUGAAUAUAUGAAUGAUACAACUACUUGUAAACCAAGAUAUGAUCCUGUAACUAACAAAUAUAAUGGUGAUUGGUAUUCUCAUCCAGAUACUGUUUAUUAUGGUGAUGUCAAACACGUAAAGACUCAAGCCUCAUAUAUGCCAGCUUCAGUUAUGGUAGAUGCUUCUUUUAUUCACCACCCAAGACAACCAACUGAUAUUGUUGUUUUCACUGAUGGUUAUUGUUAUUCUACUUGUUCUAUGUUUACCAAAACAUUGAAAGAACAAGGAGGUGCUAUCAUAGUAGGAUUUUCUGGUGAUCCUGAAGGAGAUUUAGAUCACUUUGAUGUUGGUCAAUCACCAUCUUCUGUUGUUGAAGGUACUGAAUUAAAUACAACUGAAGCACUUGAAUUAAGAACAAUGGGAAUCCGAUUGAGAUUUAGUUAUUGUGAAACUUAUAAAUUAAAUUAUCAAUUUAAUGAAACCAUUCCAAGAGAAUUUAUUGUUGAUCCAGUUGAUGAAAGAGUUAAUAUUUAUCAAUUUAAUGAUAACAAAUUAAAUGAAUUUAUUCAAGAAGCGCAAAAAAUUAUUAAUAAAUAUAAAGAAGAAUGUAAUAGUAAGAAUGAUAGAUUAGUAUUGCUUUCUCAAGAAUGUGAUAAUAAAUCUACUAUUGAACAUGGUCAUGGUGGAUUUAAGUGUGGAAAUGAUAAUAAGUGGACUAAAGAAUGUGUUAUUAGUUAUUGUGAUGAAGGUUAUAAAUUUGAUAGAAUCAAUCAAAAGUGCAUUAUUGAUGUUUGUUAUACACCAGAUAAUAGUCAAUCAUCUACCAGUGACUCAAACGAUAAAAUCAAAGAUGAUGAUAUAAUUUUCAUUGUUGUUGGUUCAAUUAUUGCGAUCUGUGUUAUUGUUACAUUGAUAGUUUUAGUGAUAGGAUUGGUAGUGUUCUGUGUUAAAAAGAAACACAAUAAAUCAUCAUAUAACACAUUACCAGACACUAACUAA